CUCAUAUUUUCUUCUCAAACGCUAGCUCCCCUGCCCUUCGAUCAGAAGCAUGGGGCGCCUGGCUCUGUGGAAAAUGUGCAUCAGGUAGAUUGUCAACACUGGCCCUUCUUUGAUUAACGAGCUGCCCAAUUGCGAUGGCUGCCACCUCUGCGCGCAGCAUCAACCUGCUUGACGAGGCUCGCAAGCCCUUCUUGGAAGUUGCUGAUAACAUAUCAGAUGCUCUGAUCUACUUGGACGCCCCUUUUGGGGAAGCGGCGUACUACAACUUAGGUCUGAGCUUUCUGUAUGGACUUGGGGCCACCGCUGUCUGUUCCUUGGAAGAUGCUUCAGUCAAUGAUGCGGUCGCUGCCAGCAUUGGUGGUGGCUCUGCCAAGCUGGAACGUGUUGUAAUCUUCACAGGCCGGCUGCUGAAUGACUCGCACCGCCACAUCCUGAGGGCUAUACGAGCGCACCAAGACGUUCGCAAGUGCACAAUCUUCUGCGCAGUUUCUGAGGCUGCGCAUGCUGACUACCCCGGGGGCCUGCUCAGCCUAGACGCUUACUCCCAGUACGCGCAACUCCUGCAAGAGGACCUCGAAAAGUCAGGACACAACACCGCUGAGCAGAAUCAGGGAGAAGGGUCCAACGGGGAAUCGAUUCCUGACAAUCGCGGUGGUUCUAAUGAGAGUGGCGACGGGUGGGAUGCCUGGAGCGAUGAGGAUCGGCGUGAGGGCUCGGAAGCAGGGCCAAGCGGCCGAGAUGCUACGGGGGGAGGCUUUGGAGAGCUCAGCUGGGUCCUUCGAGAGGCACGGCGCAGCCAAGAGCCUGAGGAGAGGUGGGAUGCUGGAAGUGAUGAGUGGGCGCAGGAACGAGGUGCGGAAGAAAGUGGCAAAAAGCUUGAGAUCUUGGUGCGGUUCUUCCCUGGGUUACUCUGUUCUCUGGCCCCGGGGGCUUUCGUCCUUCCUUCGUCGGCGGCAGUCACGCACGCGCCACUUUGUUUAGAACACAGUCCGGACGGAGAAGGAACAGUCGCGGAGUGCCUGGGUCGAGGGCUUCCGUCGGUAGGGGGUCCGCUGGGAGGGGACGAGGCGCUGCCAGCUGGCGUUUCGCUAUUGGCCCAUGCGCUGGGGGAGAUGCUGGCGCAGCUGGACUUGAAGCCGGAGCUUUUCUCGUUAGGACCGACAUCGCGGGCAUUCGCAAAAGUGAUGACCGAGCUGCCGACCGUAGAAACGCGGACAGGCGUGGGGGUGGUUCUGGUGGACAGGACUCUUGACUUGCUGACGCCCGCUUCCCAUGCCGACAACUUUCUGGACCGUCUCGUCGCGGCUCUCCCCCAACGGCCUUCUGGUCGUCCUCCCCCGCAACCCGCCGUCCCUGCCACGGUUGCCAGCACACCCAUUUGGCGGGAGCCGCUCGACUUCCGGGUCCCCCUAGGCCAUCUCUUCCCUUCCGCUCUGCUGAUGAAAGACGACUUUUCGGAAAGUUCGAAGUUCUCACAACGAAGGGAGAGUGAGAGCAACAUCCGAGGAGGGGAGACCGGCGGUGGGACUCUAACCUCGUCACAGAACGGUGUGCAAAAGCUCGGGGGGAACGGGGGGCCGUGGCUUGGCGGUGCGCUGUUUCAACCGUCGGACGCGCAAGCGACAGAGCGGUUGGAGAGCUUCCUGACUAGAAGAAAUUCCAAGGAUGCGCUGAUGGCGCUCCGGCGGGCUCUCCAGGAAGCCGUCCGCACCGAAAAGCUCCCCGCUCCCCGUUUGAAGCUGGGCGCGAUCGGGCCGUCCGAGAUCCUCUCCCUUCUUUCUCCUCUCGAGGCUCAGCCCCGGCUCGCGCUCAAGCACCGCGCGCUGAUCCAACUGGCGCGCGCGAGCGCGCACGCACUGGACGCGCCGCACGGGCCGCGCUGGGAAACGCUCGCGAGCACCGAGAAGAUCAUGGCGCUGUCGGCGGCGGAGGAGAUGAACAGUCUGGUGGCGCAGUUGAAGGAGCUGGUGGUGCAGAACAAGAUGGAGGUGGAGGGGGGAGAGACGUCGGUGAUCAACCUCAGGGACAUCCUGACGCUGGCUGUCGUUGCCUACUCGCUGGCGGGCGACCUUUCAACUUCAAACCGUCGCAGCAGCACGGGAGGCCCUGUUGAGAGCCCGUUCCCCUGGGAGGACGAGCUGGCGCUGCAGCAGGCAGUGGUCGACUCGGUGCUGGCAGGGCCUCAGCCGAUGCCCCUAGGCUUCAUCAAUGGUCUAGAAGCGUCCCUGGAAACCAUGUGGGAGAAGCGUCGGAAGGAAAACGAAGAGACAAAGGCCGGGGGAUCGGGGCGUGAGAGCGAAGGCGAGUUGCCCAAUCAGGAAGAGGGGGGGCUGAAAGAGCCCGCCGACGAGGGGGGGGAGUCAAGAAGGCAAACCGAAGGAGACGAAAGCGAGGGCGGCUGGGAGGAAACGAACGACGGCUGGGAUGCGGACUGGGGCGUCGACGAGGAUGAUCCCCCUGGCCCGGCAUCGGACGAGGAAGCGUACGACGAGGUGCGGUCACGGCUCGAGGUUAAGGACCGGGUUGAGGAGGUGUUCAGCAAACUGCGCCUGGUCGCGGCCGCGCGGGAACGGCUGCACGGGUUCCGGUACCUGGACCAGGGUCCCGGGGCGCUCGGGGCGACCACCACAGGGCUUUUGAAGCAGCUGGUCGCCAGAAUCUGUGCCCGGGAGGAGGUCCCCGGGAUGGAGCACGUCGCGUCGGUGGUGAAGAAGCUGCUGCAGACGGGGCUCGGGAGGUUCGGGUUCCAGAACUUUCAGAGCGGUCCGAAACCGGGGGACUGUAAGGUGGUGCUCGUGUUCGUUGUGGGGGGGCUCACGCUGGGAGAGAUCAAGGACGUUCGAGAGGCUCUCAUAGCGCCUCCUGGUCAGGAAGCACCGGAGGUUAUCAUUGGUGGGACGACGCUUUUGACUCCUGGUAAACUGUACGAAGAACUCUUUGACAAGAGCCGUUGAGCAGUGACCCCACACGAAUGCUGUGAGGGUCGAAAACAUUGGGUAUGGAAACAGCAUCAUGCAGUUGAUGUCGAGUCUCUUAGAUGCGCAUUAGCACUAAAGCUGGUUUUCCAAUUCCGAUCUUUGUGUAGUAUCACCACAUGAGAGGAGGAAUGGAGCAGCAACUUUGUGGCCGUGUAUUCGAUAUCGACAACCCAUUCCUUUAAAUGGAUCUUUCAAAAGCUAGGUCCAAUCCCCAACAUUAAUGACCGCCAGAUCACACUGACAGGCGUGCUGCAGUGCCGCUCCGGCGCUUGGCGGCACUCUACCAUGAGACGGUGUCUACAAAGUCUGUUAUAGUACAUCAUGCAUGACGACUGGGCAUGCAUCACGCUUCUUCGAACGGUCGCCAUCAUAUAGCGCAC